GCUAGUUCGAGUAUCAACCUUCCACCACAAACGCAGACAGAAAAAGAAAUGAGAUCGAGGGGAAGAGCGCCAACUUGAACAUUUUCCGUCGGCUACUUCGCGUACGCUUACCUCAUCGCAGUUGUGAAGUGAAUUGUCGUAGUGUGUUGUACUGUCCUCGUGAUAGUGCCUCGUCUUUCACCUCUUCGAACCAUAGGAAAGUACUUAGUUCAUUUUUGUCAUUGCUGCUUCUCGUCUUGCAGCUAGAAUUGCUCUAAUUCAGCCUAAGGCUUUGAAAAACAUACCGAUCGACUAUGGCGGCCGCAAGUAGCAGCAGCAGCGAACCUACGAGCAGCAACGGCGCUGCAGCAAUGGACGCUAUCGCGAACGGAACUAGUCGAGACUCUGCUCGUCGCGAGCCCACCGUCCCGGAUUUGCUGGUCAGCUACAAAGGAAAGUACCAAGAUUGGAUCGAACAAGUCAAAGAGAUUUCCUACAAGAAUAUGGAGAGAGCCUGCGAAACUAGAGUUUUGGAUGCGCAGGUACAUACGUAAGUGCGGUACUCGGUUGAUGGCGGAUGACAUUGACUCAUGAUAGCAAAACUGUUGGUUCUCAUAAUGUGGCUCGAUCUAGAUGAUCAGUGCCCGAUCACCGGAGCGAAGCACUGACCAUCAGUACUGAUGAAGCAGGAUUAUUCAAUACCAGGUGAAGCAGGUACUCCUGGUGAGAUUAGGCAGGUACUCCUGGUCAGAUUAGGUACUGAUGAAGCAGGUACUCCUGGUGAGAUUACAUAUCGUUCUGCAAAAAUAUCCUACACAACGACUGCAAUGGCAAUGCGCCACAGUUGAUUUUCGGAAAACAAACUCAAAACUAAACAGAUCAACCUCUGGCAGUUUUUCGCUACUCGGCAAGUCGCCCGCACACAAAAAAAAUCCCUACCUGCUGACGUGCGUCGGGUCAUCCGUGGCUUUCUUGGGCAACCGGGUGCGAGUGAGAGCGCUGGCGCCAGGGGAGCCGAAAUCGCUACAGAGACAGCGCGAGCAACCGACCGGUUGCGUGCCAUCCAAUACUAUGAGGGGCUCAUCAUGGACGCGGCGAAAACGGGGGCGGAGGAGUUUGAGAUCACCCGGGCAGUGUGGGAAGCAGCCCCAGUGAGCCGGGGCGGAACGCCGGUUGACCCACUUCUUGUGGGUUGUUACCUGGCGGACCAACUCGGUUACAGGGUGACUUUGGGGCGCCGCUACGGCGAACGCGUCUCCUGUAAGCUGGUCGAAAAUUUGGAGUUCGACGAUGAAGAUGGGCCACGGCUUGGCGAAGCGCUGCCUCUUUUUGUAGUUUGGCCGGCCGGUCACGAAGUGGGCCUCGACGCGUGUACACCAUCCGACAUCCGCAACAUUGAAAGAAUCAAGCAGGGAAAAACGUUGGUCGCUACCGGUGGAGAGAUGUUGUCUGCUACCCUCCCUGAAAAUCCAGCUGCUUCGCAACGGAAAGACACCCUGUCAGAACUCGAGAAGUGCUUCGUAGCAGCGGUAGACACGGCUUGCUCCAGUGCCCGAACGGCAGUGUAUGAGCUUGCGCGACAAGCUUUCUCGCAAGGUCUGUCCGAAUUCGUUGUGGACGAGCAGGUGUGGGCCGAUGUUGCUGCCAAGUCUCAGCUUGCUGGCGAAAAAUCGCCACCACUCUUCCGGCAAGACGUGGAGGCGCUUGUUGCAGGAGACACCGAAAAAAAAUGUGCCGUAGCGGAUUUGCUGCCUAGUGUGGCGCGACGACUAGCAUUUCAGACCGAUGGUCUUUGUGUCACGCCAACUCUGCCCGCUGACUUCAACCCGGAUGACGAUAUCGACCAAUUUUUGAAAUUUUCUGGAAAGCUCAAUCCAAGGCUGCCACUCCGUCUUCGACCGAAAUUCGGACAAGAUGCCACAGACGAACUGAGCGCGACACGCGAAAAUGUUUAGCUACAGUUGGCGCAGGUUUGGCCGCAAGAGGACAACCACGCACGGAAGAUUCUGACGCCGUGAUGGCAGCGAGUAAUUGUGAAUAGAAACGACUGCAUGUGCAGCAGCUACGGUGUCUCCUGAUAAUUCUUGACUGCUAUUGCCGCGAUCGAGAUGGAAGAACUCAUUGGAUGAAAUGCUUGCAUCCAGUUUCCGAUACGGUGCGGGUGUUCGUCGAUUGUAAAAAUGCGUGUGCAAAACAGUGACAGUUACGAAGUGAAUGUCGCUUCACGAAGACUCAAGCUCAU